AUGAGGCACACCAAUGUAACCUACUGGAGAGGCUUUCUCUUCCUGGGUUUCUCCAGCUUUGGGGAACUGCAGCUCCUGCUCUUUGUCUUGUUCCUUUCUCUGUAUCUUGUUACCCUGACCAGCAAUGUCUUCAUUAUUGUAGUCAUCAGGCUGGACAGCCAUCUGCACACCCCCAUGUACCUCUUCCUUUCUUUCCUAUCUUUCUCUGAGACCUGCUACACCUUGGGUAUCAUCCCUCGGAUGCUCUCUGGCCUGGUCAUGGGGAGCCAGGCCAUCUCCCACGUAGGCUGUGCAGCCCAGAUGUUUUUCUCUGCCUCGUGGGCCUGUACCAACUGUUUCCUUCUAGCUGUCAUGGGCUUUGACCGAUAUGUGGCCAUCUGUGUCCCACUGCACUAUGCCAGUCGCAUGCAUCCUACUCUCUGUGCCCAGCUGGUUGGCACCUCUUUCCUGAGUGGGUACCUCUUUGGGCUGGGAAUGACACUGGUCAUUUUCCACCUCCCAUUCUGCAGCUCCCAUGAGAUCCAGCACUUUUUCUGUGACAUGCCCCCUGUGCUGAGUCUGGCCUGUGGGGACACAGGCCUGAGUGAGCUGGGGAUCCUCAUCCUCAGCCUGCUGGUCCUCCAGGUCUCUUUCUCCCUCAUCGCCAUCUCCUACGUCUACAUCCUGGCUGCCAUCCUGGGGAUCCCCUCUACGGAGGGGCGGAAGAAGGCCUUGUCUACCUGUGCCUCACACCUCACCGUGGUCAUCGUCCAUUAUGGCUGUGCCUCCUUCAUGUACUUGAGACCCAAAACCAGCUACUCUCUUGAGCGAGAUCAGUUUAUUGCUGUCACCUAUACUGUGGUGACACCUCUCCUUAACCCUGUUAUAUACAGUCUAAGGAAUAGAGCUGUGAAGACAGCUCUAAGAAAUGCUUUCCAAGGGAGACUGAUGGGUAAAGGAUGA